GAGCUCUUUUGCUCUGGAUUUACUGUUGGAUACUAUUGAAAUGAAUGAUUGAGGCGAGAGUAUAAACAGUUGAACAAGUUCUGCUUUCGGACUGAAGAGGAAGUAGCUGGUCUUUUCUCUCUUGGUGCUUAAAGGGACUUACUUCUCACAUUCGAACUGUAGGCUUUAAAGUGAAUCAGGGAUUGUUUAGCGAUGGGGACGGUGAGUGAACUCUGCGCGUCCAGCUUUCAGGCGUUUCUGUGUCCUACGGUUCACCCGGCUCCUCCAGCAGUACCGGACGACCUGACGCCAGAGGAGAAGCAGGAGCUGGAGAACAUUAGGAGACGUAAACAGGAGCUGCUGGAGGACAUACAGCGGCUCAAGGAUGAGAUAACAAAGGUGACCAAUGAGAUCGAAUGUCUUGGCUCCACUCAAGAAAGAAUAAACAUGCAGCGGAGUAAGCAGAUGGCUAUGGGCCGCAAGAAAUUUAACAUGGAUCCCAAAAAGGGGAUUCAGUUCCUCAUCGAGAACGAGUUGCUGAAAAACACUUGUGAAGAUAUUGCUCAAUUCCUCUACAAGGGUGAAGGGCUCAACAAGACCGCCAUCGGAGAUUAUCUGGGUGAAAGGGAUGAGUUUAAUAUUCAGGUUCUUCAUGCCUUUGUGGAGCUUCACGAGUUUACAGAUCUCAACCUGGUUCAGGCUCUCAGGCAGUUCUUGUGGAGCUUCAGGUUACCGGGUGAAGCUCAGAAGAUCGAUCGAAUGAUGGAGGCUUUUGCUCAGCGUUACUGUCAGUGCAACCCUGGUGUCUUUCAGUCCACAGAUACAUGUUAUGUUCUCUCAUUCGCAAUCAUCAUGUUGAACACAAGUCUGCACAACCCCAAUGUGAAGGACAAGCCGUCUGCAGAGAGAUUCAUAUGCAUGAACAGAGGCAUCAAUGAUGGAGGAGACCUGCCUGAAGACCUGCUCAGAAACCUGUAUGAGAGCAUUAAGAAUGAGCCCUUCAAGAUCCCUGAAGAUGACGGAAACGACCUCACACACACCUUCUUCAACCCAGACCGUGAGGGUUGGCUGCUCAAACUGGGUGGACGAGUAAAGACCUGGAAGAGACGGUGGUUCAUCCUGACUGACAACUGUCUGUAUUACUUUGAAUACACCACUGAUAAAGAGCCAAGAGGAAUCAUUCCUCUGGAAAACCUCAGUAUUAGGGAAGUGGAGGACUCUAAGAAGCCGAACUGCUUUGAGCUGUUCAUCCCAGACAACAAGGAUCAGGUGAUCAAAGCGUGUAAGACUGAAGCUGACGGUCGAGUGGUGGAGGGAAAUCACACUUUCUACCGUAUCUCAGCGCCAACAACAGAGGAGAAAGAAGACUGGAUCAAGAGCAUCAAAUCCGCCAUUAGCAGAGACCCAUUCUACGAGAUGCUGGCGGCGCGGAAGAAGAAAGCCUCGUCUUUAAAGAGACAGUAGAAACACUUCAGCCCGAACAUGGACCUGGAAAAAGGGGCGAAAUCUCAACGGAAGCCAUAAACGCUGGACUGGAUUGUUUUUAUCUCAGGAAUGAAGCAGGUGGUUUUUCUGGGGAAGUCUGACAUUAGUGUUUGUUUCAUCAUCUGGAAUCAGCGGGUCUGACUGAAUGUGGCGUCUCAUCCUCCAUUUCUGUGCUUUCAUACCUAUAAAUGCUGACUCCGCACCUAUUUUUACACUGCUAUGUACUGUAAAUAUUCGGAAGGGUCGCUUUUGCGAUUCAUUCAUGAUCUGCUGUUAUAUUUAUAUCUAUUUUUUGGUUGUUCUUGAAUAGACUUUUUCAUGUUUUGCCAAAGUUUGUCUUUCAGUCUCAAUCCGAGUCUGAUUUCUGAAGUUGAGUUUUUAAUUUGAAUGCUGUUUAUUUGGCUUAAACAGUGUUUUGUUUUAUUUUGAUCAUCAUCAUCAUCAUCGUUCGUUUAACUCAUAGGUGGCCUUUAUGAAAGACUGAAAUCCAGAAACAUUUCAGUAAGUUGCUUCAUAUUUAUGGAACUCCUUCAAAAUGAAACUACUGACUUGAGAGCUUAUUUUACUAUGUUUUGUAUUUUACAAACGUUAAUGUGUUGGAUGACUGAACGUAUCUGAAAUCUCCCCCCCUUUUUUUUUUUUUGCUUUGUAUGCACUGGUCAUUUGAGAGAAGACUCUUAAAUAUUAAUUUAUCGAUGCUGUACAUAUUUAAACUUAUAGGUUGUUUUAUUUUUUAUCGUCCAAAUAUACUUUGUGCAAAAGUAAACCGGGUGAAGAAAAGGUUUUGACCUGCAAAGUUUAGUUCACCAUUGUAUGUAAUCUUGUGCUUACAAUAAAAAAAAUGUUUGAGCUUUGCUUUUUAAA